CUCAUCAUUCUUAGUUUUCUUAUCUCUUCCACAAGAAAACGUGCGUCGUCAAUCGUCCUGAGUCUGUUCAUCAUGAGACUUGCGCAACCAGGUCUUAUGCUGCCUCGACCUGUGCUCCCCGCGGCGUGAGGGUUCUGGGUCUGGGUCAUAUGCUGACGUACCCUCAUGAGAUUCAUGCCGACUGGAGCACAAGGGAACGAUUCACGCAAUGAGAAAGAAUAAUCAGUCCUUCGUACCACAUAUCGCGGUCCCAACAUAAUAUCAGGUUGCUCGGAACAUAUUUUCUUCCUUCGUUCCACGCCCAUGCACUCCAAUACCGCUGCUUCUUGAAGAAGCGGUCUGCAUUGCUCUAAAACGCCAGCAAAUAUCCGAGAAGAUGACAACGGCAAUACGGAACUUGAAACACUCCAAACAUAAUACACACGAUAAGGAGAAGAAGCAAAGAAAACAAACAUGUAGGAGCGAUGCAAGGAAGUUGAUAAAAGGACCUUUCUCCUGUCGCACAGAAAGCAAAAUGGGUAUAGUAUUUACAAGCAGAAAAAAGAUGGGGUAUAUGCUUCAACCUCCUGGCGGCUUCUGAUCAACAGAAUCACUUCGGCCAACUUACAUACGAAGUGAUGCCGCCUUGAAGGUUUCUAUAUCAUAUCAACAUUGCUGGUCCCGUAGGCCCAGCCUCAUAUAUGUCUCAACAGUGGUCUCCCAGAGUUGGUUCAGGCCAACGAUUUGGAGAUUGCGACAACCAGGGACAACAUGAUGCCGUCUAUCAGAAAACCGAGCAAGCAAGUCAAGGAAAGAAAAAUCAGCGAAACGCACAAACCUACCUUAUUGAGUAAUGUUGAGGAGGGUAUUGGGACGAACCAACGCGGCUACUCUGGAGCCCCUGCUGUUAGCUUAUGACCCAAGAUCUAGGGACAGGAACUGGCGACGAACCUCUGAACAAUCACUCAAACUGUGCACCAAUACCAGCCGAGUUUGAGUUUGACGGAACAGUAAUGAUCGAUUGCGUCGGCUGGUACCUGGCCAUGUCGGCUUCCAGGCUCGCAAUGCUGUGUUCUCGAAGUUGACUGCCAGCAACGUGACCAUUGUUGGCACCACGAGACUGGAUGCGGGCAAAGACGUUAUCGUGAGAGUACGUAGCCACACGGUUCUGUGACAGUUCCGGGGCUUCUUGUCGAGCUUCUACCGCAACGCUACCAUCGUCAUGUCUAUUAGCUGCAUUCUUCAUCACCUAAUACCGAGAACGUCCAAGACGUGCUUCCUCAGCGGGCAACGCAACGUACCCAACGGCCGAACCCUGACGAGGAACGACAGAAGACAUGAUUAUUGAACGGCGAUAUUGGUCGGGCGUUAUAGAUCGAAGGUAGGAAAACCGAAAUUGCUAUGAAUCAAGCGAUUGCGGCGGCGGCGGCGAUGUCGGUGGUGAUGAUAAUGAUGAUCGGAUCCGAACGACGACGCGAAAGAAUACGGCCUUUGCCAACGACCGAUGAGAAUAACAAUAUAAGAAUGGAUACGAAGGAAGGGCCCGAGCAGCAUGAGCUAGAGAUUAUGCAGCGCAGAAGACGAGCACCGGUGUUCAGCGCACAGAGGAGAGCGACGAGGAAACGGGUGAAAGCUGGAGAAGAUAGGAAGAGGCGGCGGCGGCGGGUGGGGGAGGGACAGCACUCGCAAGAGCUCGAUGGGCAAACAGCUGCGGCGUAAGGCAAGGUAGCUAGGGGGAGCAAGAAUGUGCGGUAAGAUAAUGCGUCAAAGGUAAGUGAGUGAUGUGAUGAAGUCAAAGUAAAGAGUUAUAAGGGGGUGAACAAGUUUAUAUCCAAGGUGCUCGAUAGAGUUGGGAUGAAAGGAUGGGAUGGGUGUAUCAAGCAUGAGCAUAGAGAGGGAGAGAGAGAAAAAAAAAAUAAGGUACCAAGCAAUAUGACGAUACGGUAAUCAAGUAACAGUAAAAAAGUUGCGACACGAUCCAACCAAUUUGUGAGCGAGUGAGCAGCCGAGCACGGAGAGGAGAGGGGAGGGGACCGCGGGGAGGAAGACCAGAUACGCCCA